AUGUGGUCCGACCUGAACGAAUGGUUCUGGUCGGAAAGAAUCUGGCUUCGGCCCGAUGCCAAAUGGGCCGACCUAGAGGACCGUGACGGCAAGGUGUUUCCGCAUCCCCGGGACCUGCUGGCAGCCUUGCCCCUGGCACUUGCCCUGGUGGCCCUUCGCUUUGCCUUUGAGAGAUUCAUUGCUCUGCCCAUAGGCCAUUGGCUAGGGAUACAGAAUCAGCCUCGUCGGCCAGCCAAGCCUAUCCCCACGCUGGAGAGAUACUUCGUCACAGUUGGACCAAAACCCAAGGAGGACCAGUUGGAGUUCCUGGCUGCCGUAUGUAAACUCACACUGAACCAGACUCGGCGCUGGUUUCGCAGACGCCGCAACCAGGACCGAAUCCCACUGGGCAAGAAGUUCCGUGAGGCCAGCUGGAGGUUUACCUACUUCCUUUUCAUCUCUCUUGCUGGUUUUUCCAUCCUCUACCACGAACCUUGGUUGUGGAGACCAGUUAUGUGCUGGGACAACUACCCACACCAGUCCCUGAAGCCUUCCCUGUACUACUGGUACCUCCUGGAGCUGAGUUUCUUCACCUCGCUGUUCAUCACGGCGCCUUUGGACAUCAAGCGCAAGGACUUCAAGGAGCAGAUGCUGCACCACACUGUGACCAUCCUCCUGAUCUUCUUCUCCUACAGCACCAACCUGAUUCGUGUUGGCUCACUGGUGAUGCUUCCGCUCGACUGCACCAACAGCUUUCUGGAGAUCGCUAAAAUAUUCAGCUAUACAAAGUAUCAGAAGGUGUCUCAAGUUCUCUUCUUCAUCUUUGCCUUAGUCUUCUUGAGCCUGCGUAUGGUGAUCUUCCCCACCCAGAUCCUGUACACCACCUAUUAUGACUCCAUCGAUGGCACCGGCCCCUUCUUUGGCUACUACUUCUUCAACAUUCUCCUGAUGAUGAUUCAAGUGCUGCAAACCUUCUGGUCCUACCUCAUUGUGCGCAUGCUCUACAACUUCAACUGGAAAGGGAAGGUAGGCAGGGACAUUCGCAGUGAUGUGGAAGAGUCAGACUCGAGUGACAGUGAAGUGGUCGAGAAAAACCCUCCAUUGCAGGAUGGGGUGGCCCACCGUCCAGGGGCGACCACUUCUGAUGGUCCUCGGAGCCGGGCAACAACAAAUCAGAACACAUGUGGUCCACGUAGCAGAUGA